GCGGCGACGACGUCGACGCCGGCCACGCGUUUUGAAGCCGCUUCUCAUUCAAAAAACAACUGUGAACGUGAUCGGUAACGUGUGUUACAAUAGAUACCUUUUGAAGUCGAUUUUUGUAGUGUUUUUUUUUGUGUGCGCAAAAGUCUUUGUGAAUGAAAUAAUACAUGUGAUACAGUCGGAGAAGUAAAAUAGAUAAAUCGAAAAAAUUGAAUAAUAAACAGUUGGUUGUCCUAAUGAGAGUAACAAUAAUAAAUGCAGUGACAAAAGUCGAUUCAACCAACUGCAGCGAAAAAUGAAAGGCAACCAGCGACGGGAAAACUUAAAGCAACUGAAAAAAAUUUAGUAUCUAAUAAAGAAGUUUAAACUGGCUCUAACCAGCAAGCAACCGGGCUAGCAACCAACAAAAAUAUAAAAUUCUUUAAAAACCAAACUAAAAAAACUCAACCGCCAUCAAAACGAAAUUCAAAACGAGCCAAUUUGUGGUGUUUAUUAUUUAUUUAUAUGCUAAUUUAUUUUUACAACAACUUGGUAUUAACCCACAAUCAAACAACAACAAAGCCGGGGAAGGAAAAAAGAAGAAGCAAAGAAAGGCAAAAGCAGCGCACCUUCUUUGACGUCUUUGUUUUGGGAUAUAAAACAGCAAAAAAUUACCCCUGCUCACAUCCAAAUCAUACAAAACGAGAAGAAUUGACAUUUUGCUAAAAUAUUGUCUGCGCGAUUGUAAAGACCUUUUUUCACUGCGGCUCGGCCACUUCACAUGUCAUUUGGCUUUAUGUGGCCAGACUUGGGCGCUUGCCAGGAGUAAGCGAUCGAUCGAUCGGUGCCGAGAAGAUGGCUGCGCCAAACUGUCUGCUGGCGGUCCUGGCGCUCACGGUUUUCCUGGGGGCCAACAACGCACUGCCCAUCACCUCGCGCCCCAUCGAGGGCAAUGUGCAGCGGAUGGUGUGGGAGGACUGGGUGAACCUGGACCCGGAGCAGAGAAACCUCACCAAGGAGAAGAAGAUAACCGCCAAGUCGAUAUUCACUCUGCCGUUUCGCCACUGUCCGCAGGGUCACACGCUGUUCAACCAGCUGUGCAUCCCGCAGUCGAACAUUGAUCCCACGGAUCUGGUCAAGCAGGAACUCAUCCUGGCCGGUGGCUCCAACGGCAAUCCCCCACCGCCCCCUAUUGGAGAUUACGACUACGGGGAUGACGAGGAGAGCGAUGAAAUCGUGUACGAUCUGUCGGUCAUACCAACGGCCAUGCAGGAUGGCUUACCGCCCAGCGUUGGCGACGGCGACCAAGCCCUGCCCAGCGAGGACGCACCACUGAAGUUCAACAUUUUUGAGAAGAAGUUCCCCACGGGCACGGGUGAGUCCGAGGAGCUGCCCCUGCCGCCGGACACGGUGGCUGCAACAUAUGCCCAAAACAUCAGUACCACAGCAGAAACACUAACUAGCACAGCGCCCACGUCAACGACGCCUGUUGCCAUACCGGCUGUGCCUUCGGGAGAGGCCAGUAACCGCAUUUCCGGCGGCGACUUGCUGGCGGCCCCCAGUGAUGCCUUCGCCACAUCGACAACACUUACCAUGGCCAGCAGCAACUCCACCAGCAGCCAAGUGGAGGCCAUUCUGCUGCCGGCGGAUCAGGCGCUCGAUGGCUCUCCGCACCUGGUGACCAGUUCCCUCAUCGACAAUGACAGCGAUGACUCUACCACUCUGCCAGUGAAUGGAUUCAACGCGGAGGCGGAUCUGGCCCAGCUGCUCAAGGUCGACGCCUUUUUGCCGGCCUACGAUGGCAGCAUUGAGUUGUUGCCGCCGCUUUUCAGUCAUCGCAAGGCAGCGCCGCCAUUGAGCGCGGACCAGGAUGUAAACACCAAACAGGCGGUUGCGGCUGCGGCUGCGGAGCAGGUGGGAACGGAGCUGGAAGAGGGGGAGGUGACCGCUACGGAAAUUGUGCCUAGCGAGGAGGAGGAGUAUACCACAGAGGCGGCGACAACGGUUGCGGAGGCGUCAAUGGAUACUUCGCCUGCCAGCUCCGCCUCCACCUCCACCUCCACCGUUGUCCCAUCACUGGCACAUCCGCCAAAAGAACCCGAGAUAGAUGAACGUGAAAACCGCCUGGUCUUGAUAAAAUCGAAAGUGCAACCGGUUCAGUUAACGACAACAACAUCGGCCACAGCAACAGCAACAACUGCAGCUGAUGUUGCUGAUUCGAGCUCCUCCACUGACCGGUUUCACUAUCAGCAUUUUGUCGAAGAUGCCGCCGCCAGCAGCACCACGACGGCGACACCAGAACCAAGCAGCACCAGCAGCACAGCCGGCGAGCCGAUGGAGCAGCCCGAUAUGCCGGCGAGUGACAAUGACAAUUUAAUGACAAAUACAAUUGGCGGCCGCGGCGACGAGGAUGAUGAUGGGGGCCAUAAGGCCAGCAGUGAAAUGGAUGUCCAACAGGAACUGCGGCUCAUUAACGAGCUGGUAAAGGGCAAGCAGCGAAAGCAGCAUCAGAAGCAGCAGCUCGAGCCAACCAGCACAGAAGCAACUUCGGCGGCAACAUCAACGUCCAGUGAGGACUCCACCGCCACCACAGCACUGGCAUACACAAAUUGGUCAAAGGUGAUGCCCCAAUUGGGCCAGAGCACGUCUGAGUCAGCCGCCACCGCGGGGACAGCUGCAACUUCGAGCCAGGUUAAUGAAAGCAGUUCGACAGCAUCGUCAGCAUCGUCAGCAGCAACAGCAGCAACAGAAGUAAAACAUUUAAGUAUUACUAAUCGUAGCAAUAGAAAUAGUAAAAUAAUUAGAGUAGAUCAGUUUGCCGAUCAGCCGGAGGGAACUGCCGCAGCUGCGGAAUCAGCAGCAGCCGCCGCCGCCGCCGCCGCCACGCCCCCCAACAGCAGCAGCGACCAAGACGGCUAUACGCCCUUCUGGUGGCUACCGAGUAUUGGGUGGCGUCUGGACCGCCAGCUGGAUGGGAGAGGCGAGGAUCAGUCGCUCUUGCUGCGGUUCUUCAGCACUUUUGGGGGCAGCAACGCAGCAGCAACCACACGCUAAUAGCAACAGCGCAGCAGCAGCAGCAGCAGCAGCAGCAGCAACUCCUGGCUCUGGCCAGCGAUUAGAGCCACAGGAAGUAGCUGGGUGCCGUGUAGUCUAGUGCAGCAUAGUGUCGUGUUAGCAACAGCGUUUCAAUGGCCUGUUGAAGUUUGUUCACAGUUGUCUCACCUUUACACUCUUUCCCUUUCUGAGUAAAUAUUUAUUAUGUUUUAAUGUUUUAAUCGAGUGUCAAUUGUACAUAGCAUGUCCGAAACACUUACUUGCUACUUAGCAACCACUUUUUCUUUUUUUUUGCCUUGGCGUUAUGUCAUACUUUAUUUUUGUGUUAUUGCAACUGCUUUCUUUUUAAGUUGUUGAUUUAAUUUUAGGGAAACUUUUUUUUACAUUACAAUAGUUUUAUAUGUGAGUGCUGCUGUCGUUGUUGCGAGCCUUAGCAAUAUUUAAUUGUGAUUACUUAGGCAUAUGAAUGGAUCGCUAGGCUUAAGAAAUCGUAUUGUAUACCCAGAAUCUAUCGAUGUAUCUUUUUUUUUACUACUAUUAUUACCUUUGUAACUCAAUAUAUUUAUAUAUGUGCGCACAAUCUGAGCAUUUGUUGUGGCUGCCUCAGUGUACAUACAUAAGUGCAGAAAACGUUCAAAUCCAAGCAUUUUUAAACGCAUCUACCGAAUCAACACGUGUAUCUAUACCUAGCAUGUAAGCGCAACAGUUACGCUAACCAUUGUAAACACAAAUCGAAACUAAAGCCUAAAAAAUAGUGUAAUGCAUGUAUAUAUUUAUA